AUGAAGAAAGUGAACCUGUAUUCGGCCAUUGCCCUGCGAAACGAGUGCGACGAGCAUCUGCCGGGCGUUUUUCUCCAGCUCGGCUACGAGCAGUCGUUCUUCAACACCGACUUCAAGCUCGUGGUGGGUUAUUUAUCAGUUAUCACCAGUGGAUUGUUGUACUGGCUCGAGAAGAAAUAUAACAACGACUUCACAAACACCGAGUAUUUUAACUACACAGCAGCCCUGGUGGCCGUGUUUUUCUUCUUCAACACCAUAUGGGUCGUUUUCACAAAGUACAUCGAGAAAGACGUCAAGUACGUCGGCACAAAGGGCUCUAAGAAGCUCACCGUCAGCACCAAGAUCAAGUCCAAGACAGAACCUGUUUAUCUUAUCACGAUCGACAACGGCGGGUCGAGGCUCGAUGAGUCGCUGGAUCUUACCAAGGUGUUCAACAGCGACGGGUAUCUUGUGCUGACUGAGUUCAAGAGCUGCUUCCAGAAGCUGGUUGAAAAGACAGAGAAAAGUACUUAG